AUGAGGAGUAUGCGUCACCAACUUCACGAGGGAGGAGAGAGAAAGAGUGUGUUUUGUGUGUGUGGUUGUUCCUAUAAAUUCCAAAGGCAUUGGAGCUCCACCCUUUUCCAAUUCAUAACCCUUUGUCACCCGCAUUUUCUGUAUAUAAAAACAAUAAACCCUUCUUUGUUUUUUUAACCCCACAAUUAUAGAUCCUACCCUUCUUACUCCUCCAACUGAAUCUUAUGAGGUAAACUAGUUUGUAAUCAAUUAAAGCAAACUCUAUUAUACUCUAGCACUGAAAAUUCCUGGUGUUUGUCCAACAUAUCCAUCUUUGCAGCCAAACUUUAUCAACUUUGGAUCCCCAGUUAUACACAAAAUAAACAGGGAAUGCUGCAAGAUGUGCAUGAUUUCUAAGGAUUCCUGGUCUAAACCCACCUUGUUCAUAGCUCUAUUUGAGCUACCUUUAUCAGCCAUCAAUAAGAACAAGCACGUCAUUUGCAGUUGUAUAUGUUUUGAGCUUUACAUGCCCACUGUUGCCAAGAAUGUCAAAGAUUAUCUUGUUUCUACAUAUGAACUCUGUGAAGAUGGCUGAUUGAUUAUCAGUAUUGCAUUUAUCAGAGUAAGAAGAUUAGAUACUUCUCUGUUAUAUAAUCUAUCAUCUCUGAAAAGAUGGCGGAAAAUAAAGUGACCAUCUUGAUGCAGAGGUAUGAGCUAGGAAAGUUACUUGGACAAGGAACAUUUGCAAAGGUGUACUAUGCAAAAAACAUCAAAACUGGUGCAAGUGUUGCGAUUAAAGUAGUUGACAAGGAGAAGGUUUUGAAGGUGGGGAUGAUUGAGCAAAUAAAGCGGGAAAUUUCAGUUAUGCGACUUGUGAAGCACCCAAAUGUGGUGCAGCUGUAUGAGGUUAUGGCCAGCAAAACCAAGAUCUACUUUAUCAUGGAAUAUGUAAGAGGAGGCGAGCUGUUCAACAAGGUUGCUAAAGGAAAGCUGAAGGUGGACGUUGCAAGAAAGUAUUUCCAACAACUAAUCUCAGCUGUUGAGUACUGUCACAGUAGGGGGGUUUACCAUCGAGAUUUGAAGCCAGAAAACCUCCUUUUGGAUGAAAAUGAAAAUCUUAAGGUUACUGAUUUUGGGCUUAGUGCUCUGGCUGAUACCAGAAAGCAAGAUGGGUUGCUUCACACCACCUGUGGGACCCCUGCCUAUGUUUCUCCGGAGGUCAUUCUCAGGAAAGGCUAUGACGGAGCAAAAGCUGAUAUUUGGUCAUGUGGGGUAGUCUUGUUUGUGUUGUUGGCGGGAUAUCUUCCAUUCCAAGAUCCCAACUUAAUGGAAAUGUACCGAAAGAUUGGAAAGGCAGAGUUUAAAUUCCCUACUUGGAUUCCAUCUGAUGCAAGAAGAUUGCUGUUCAAGAUCUUGGAUCCAAACCCCAAGACAAGGAUAUCAACAGCAAAGAUAAUGGAGAAUUCUUGGUUCCGAAAAGGAUUUGAUUCUAAACUUUUACAAGUUAGGCCCGUGGUUAAUGAUAUGAUAUCCGAUGUGCUAGAUGUUGAUGCUAUCUUUGGGCCUUCUGAGAACCUAGAAGCAAAGCAAGCAGAUACCCAUCCAUGUUAUAACUUGAAUGCAUUUGAUAUCAUCUCCUCCUCAGAGGGGUUUGAUUUAUCUGGCUUAUUUGAAGAGAAGAGCCAGAAAAAAGAGGUUAGAUUUUCUUCGUGUCAGACUGCUUCAACUAUCAUAUCAAAUCUGGAGGAAGUAGCUCAGAAGUCAAAGAUGAAGGUGAAGAAGAAAGAUGGAGGGCUUAUGAGAUUUGAAGGGUGUAAAGAAGGUAGAAAAGGGGUUUUGUGUUUCGAUGCUGAAAUAUUCGAAGUUACCCCGACCUUUCAUAUGGUGGAGAUGAAGAAACGUGGUGGGGAUUCGUUGGAGUAUCAGAAAGUUGUGAAGCAGGAGAUGAGACCAGCUCUCAAGGAUAUUAUUUGGAGUUGGCAAGGUGAACAAGAAGCACAACCUUCCCCUGUGCUCCCACCGUCUGCACCUUCCUCAGCGGAGUCCUAAGUUAUUGUAUGCCUUUAUUUCUAUCUUGAAAUAUUUUUUACUACUACUGUCAUAAACAUGCUUUUGGGAUUAAUCCCCUUUUGUGUGUCUGAUUAUUUCUGAAGUACUCCUUGUGAUAUUAUGUUUUAGUUAGUAAUCAUGUGAUUCUAUUAUUUCCAUAUGUGAUGUGUGUAUAUGAUAUGAAAGAUUGCAUAUUCUGCUGUGA